GUCGUGUUGGCCGCGACGAUCGCGUGAUCUGUAGAAAAUAUUCAGUUACGACGACAGUAAAAAUACGGUAAUUAGGAACGCGUUACUUCGCCAAAAAAAAAAAAACUUGUUUUUCAAAAAAAGCCGACCGCGAAACCCAACAUUGGUAACGACGGAAAAUCGGAAACUCAUAUCGCGCGCGCCCACAACAGCCGUCCAAGCCCAAACCGAACGGCGGGGGUCCCGGCGCGGCAGGUUUAACGACCAAUUGGACGGAGAACGGCGCAGUUGUUACAGUCGUCGCCGAGGCCGAAACAUGGCAGCCGCCGCAGCGAAGGACAAAGGCGCGUCCCGAUGCCCGAGGAUGGUGUUGGUGUUCAGCGGUAAGCGGAAAUGCGGAAAGGAUUACAUUACCAACGAGAUCCACAAGAGAAUAGGAUCAGAAAAGUGUGUAAUAAUUCGUCUUUCUGGUCCUAUUAAAAAUCAUUGGGCCCAAACUAAUUCGCUUCAACUCGAUGAACUUCUCAGUGAUGGAAAAAUGAAAGAACAACAUAGAAAGGCAAUGAUUGAAUGGAGUGAAAAUAUUCGUUUUAAUGAUCAUAGUUACUUUUGUCGUAAGGCUAUAGAAAUGUAUGAUCAAAAUUGUUCAAAAGAAAUAUGGAUUGUAAGUGAUGCACGGAGGAAGACUGACAUUGCAUGGUUCAAAUCUAAUUAUAAUAAUUUAAAAUUAAUCAGAAUUACUGCUGAUGAAUCCACUAGAAAAGAAAGAGGAUGGAAUUUUACACAAGGAAUUGACGAUGCACCAUCAGAAUGUGAUUUGGAUGACCAAUUAGGAUGGGAUUGGGUUGUUGAAAAUAAUAAAUGUGAUGAUUGCAAUGAUUUUAUCAACGAAAUUGUCAAAAUCAUACUCGGAGAUUGAUAUUAUAUAUUUUAUAUAUUUAAUUUAUAUAUUACAUACAUUAUUUGCAGUGGUUUCUAUAUUGAUAUAAGUGCUCAUACAUAUAUAAAUGUACUUACAAAUUAAAAUAUUUUUUUAAUUCACAGUUGCAUAUCACUA